AUGCUCAACCUGGCUGUCGUCUACUUGCUGGUCAGCAUUGCGCUUGUUGUUGUUGCUGUUUUGGUUCACUUGCACAGCACGUCACUCUCCCUCCCAAUAUCGCCCGUCACCUCCAUUUUGGUCAUACUACUACCAAUCGGCGCCUUUUUCAAUGCCCUUUUCCACCAGCGUCUCUUGCGCAGCAGUUCACCGUCGUCCAAUCACCUCGCCAAGCUCGCACCCUUCAUCCUCCAGACCCUCCAAGGUCUCGUGGCCACGAUCCUUGCGACGCUGUUGUUCGAAGACGUGGUGUCCUCGUCAACUCUUGACUGCAAACUUGACACAACAUGGAUGUCCAUGUUUCGCGCACAUGAUGCCACUGGCAUCCGGGUCAUUCAGGAUACUUUCGACUGCUGCGGACUCAACUCUGUGAGAGAUCGUGCGUAUCCCUUCCCUGGGACGGCUCCAAGCACAUGCGCGAAGACCUAUGGUCGAACUCUUCCUUGUCGAGGACCUUGGAAGAGCGCCACCAAGGCAACAGCCGGGGGGAUGGUUGCAGUACUGGCUGCAGUUGGUCUGAUGCAGAUCAUCGGCAUUCUUGCGACUAAACGGGGCGCACCUUGGUGGAGCUUUUCACUACGUCGGCGUCAAGAGCAGGCAGAGAAUGAGAGCACUCGUGGGUUAUUGACGGCCGGCCUUGUUGAGGGUGAGGAGUCAACUGAGCAGCGAGAGAAUGGAUCGCAGAGCUAUGGUUCAGUGAAUGGAUGCAGGCCAAGAUUAGAGCCGUCGUCAAUGAAUGCAGGCAAUGGAUGGGUCAGUGAUGAGGCAAGAAAUGAGUGA